GUUCAUCAUGAAGACCCAAAGCAGUCGGCCAAAGGAACAGGAUGCCACUGUUGACUGGGCAGCGGAGCUGUGCCAGGAAUCUGCAAUCCAUGGCAUGCCCUAUGUGUCUCGCAGAGAUCUCCACUGGACCGAACGCCUCUUCUGGGUAGCCAUAAUCCUGGCCUCGGCUUACUAUGCCAUUAGCAGUUGCCUCAGCCAGUGGAAUCGGUUCCGGGACAAUCCGAUUGUCUAUCAAUACGAGUACCUCUUUGGGCUCCGGAAGUUCUCCCUCCUUGGGAUUACUCUUUGCACCUCUUACGAGGAUCAGGAGCACGUGAAUCAGGUCAUAAAUGAAACUUGGGGUUUGGGACCGUCGAAUGAAAAGACACCCUACUACGAGAAGUUCCUGUUCGUUCUUAACCGCCUUCAGUACAACAAACUUGAUACGCUGACGCCCUACGAGAACGAUUCUACUCUGAACAACUUGAAUUACGUGGGAAUGCUGAUGAAACUCCAGGAGAAGGCUCUAACGAAGGAUGCUGAACUUGGACUGGCGCCGGUCAUAACGGAAGAUGGUUUGUGCCAAACUAAUAGCCAGCUAAACCGGUACGGCAAUCCUUAUGGCAAAAUAGAGAACAUGAAUGUGAAGGCAUUGAUAGAGUGCGGUGUCUUCACCGAUUGCUUUAUGACAGGAAAGCCAUUCAACAGCAUUAACACCCAUUUAAAUGUGUACUUGCAUGAUGUCAACGAAUUUAUGUUACCCGACGAUCUUAAAACUAUCUUUUAUGAUGCUAAAAUCCUAAGUUCCUUUACCUUUGAACUUCUCGUAAACCCGAUAUUGUCGGGAAACGAUGUUCGAAACCUACCGUUGGCAUAUCGGAAGUGUCGCUACAAAGACGAAAACAAUCUCGAGUACUACAGUCCGUAUUACCAAAGUCUCUGCCGCCUAGAGUGCCGAAUAAAAUGGGCCCUGAGCCUGUGCAACUGCAAGCCCUUUUUCUAUGUAGCAGCUGUAGAGGCUCCAGUGUGCAACAUAAGAGGAAUGUUGUGCCUGCAUCGCUCCAAUUGGCUGGAAAAACCCUGUGAAUGCCUUCCACCGUGCAUAGAGAACACCUAUGCCAUUAUUUCCGUUCAGGAGCAGAAGGGGGGAGAUGACAACUACACAGGCGAGAGUUUCGAACGAACCCUGAUCGUCAAAAUGUUUCUUCCCAAGAUGGGCAUGAAGCGGCGGGUUGUAUUCAGUACGGAUCAGUUGAUAAUGUCAUUCGGCGGAGGCAUUGGCCUGUUCCUCGGGGCCAGUUUUAUGACCAUAUAUGGCUUGGUGUACCUUUUUUUCACUUUUUUAUUUCAUAAAUGCAAAAACUGCAUAUAUAAAAACAAAUCCUAAAAUU